AUUUGAACUUGAGAGAGAGAAAUAUAGAGAAAAGUUUGUGUCUUGCCAGGUGAAGAACUCACAGAAGUCGUUUUUGUAGCUCUUAGCUUGUGUUUUGGUGAUAAAAAGGGAGAGAUUUUGGCGUUGUUCUUUGUUAGUUUGAUUUUCGUGUUUAAGUUUUGUUGGAAUUUGAGAGUAGAUAGAUUGAUAGAUAGAAGCAAAGAUCUUCCUUGUUUGGUUGGUUUUGGUUAUAGAUUUCAGCUCAAAGAAGGGUUUUUGACCAUUUGAUUGGAGAUGGCUGGAGGGAGGAGAAAGAAGAAUUUUUUGAGAAAGCUUUAUAGUUUUUCAUGUGGAAAAGCUUCAUUAGAUGAAGAUCAUUCUCAGAUUGGAGGUCCAGGAUUCUCCAGAAUAGCUUUUGCCAAUGAUCCUGAUUGUUUUGAGGCCACCAAUUUAGGAUAUCCUGCAAACUAUGUCUCCACAACCAAGUAUUCUUUGGCUACUUUCUUUCCCAAAGCUUUGUUUGAGCAGUUCAGAAGGGUUGCCAACAUCUACUUCUUGGUCACUGGAUGUCUUUCCUUCACUCCCUUGGCUCCUUAUAGUGCUGUCAGUGCCAUUCUCCCUCUUAUCAUUGUGAUUGGGGUGACCAUGGCUAAAGAGGCUGUUGAAGAUUGGAGGAGGUAUCAGCAGGAUAAUGAGAUGAACAACCGAAAAGUUAAAGUACACCGUGGCAAUGCCACUUUUGAUAACACUGAAUGGAAGAAUUUGAGAGUUGGAGAUAUAGUGAAAGUGGAGAAGGACAAUUUUUUCCCUGCCGAUCUCUUGUUGCUUUCUUCUAGCUAUGAAGAUGCAAUCUGUUAUGUUGAAACCAUGAACCUCGACGGAGAGACAAAUUUAAAACUGAAACAGUCAUUGGAGGUAACUUCGAAUUUACAAGAUGAUUCAAGCUUCCGGCAUUUCAAAGCUGUAGUUAGAUGUGAAGACCCAAAUGCCAACCUCUAUACUUUUGUUGGAAGUUUGGAAUAUCAGGACCAACAAUAUCCGCUGUCCCCUCAGCAACUUCUCCUUAGGGACUCAAAACUGCGGAAUACUGACUACGUAUAUGGUGUUGUGAUCUUCACUGGGCAUGACACAAAAGUUAUGCAAAACGCCACAAACCCGCCGUCGAAAAGGAGCAAAAUUGAGAGGAAGAUGGAUAAAAUUAUCUACUUUCUGUUAUUUUCAUUGGUCUUGAUUUCAACUGUUGGUUCAAUUUUCUUCGGCAUUGCAACUGAUGAUGACAUUGAAAAUCACAGAAUGAAAAGAUGGUAUCUUAGACCAGAUGACACUACCAUCUUUUACAAACCCUCAGAAGCAGUAGUAGCAGCACUUUUGCAUUUUUUGACUGCCAUGAUGCUGUAUGGGUAUUUCAUUCCUAUCUCUUUGUAUGUUUCCAUAGAGAUAGUCAAAGUCUUGCAAACCAUUUUUAUCAAUAAUGACCAUGAAAUGUAUCAUGAGGAAUCUGAUAAGCCUGCUCAUGCCCGAACAUCAAACUUGAAUGAGGAACUUGGCCAAGUUGACACCAUACUCUCUGACAAGACUGGGACAUUGACUUGCAACUCAAUGGAGUUCAUCAAAUGCUCCAUAGCUGGGACUGCAUAUGGCCGUGGUGUUACAGAGGUGGAGAAAGCAAUGGCUAGAAGAAAGGGGUCACCAUUGCUUUAUGAACCAGAUGUUGAAGAAGAAGGUCACAGGGAUAACAACAAGCCUGCUGUAAAAGGUUUCAACUUCACAGAUAACCGUGUCAUGAAUGGAAAUUGGGUGAAUGAGCCUCAUGCAGACAUCAUUCAGAAGUUUUUCCGACUGUUGGCUAUCUGUCAUACUGCCAUACCAGAGACAGAUGAUGAAUCGGGAAAAAUAUCAUAUGAAGCUGAGUCACCAGAUGAGGCUGCCUUUGUCAUUGCAGCCAGCGAACUAGGCUUUCAGUUUUAUCAGAGGACACAGACUAACAUCUCAAUCCAGGAGCUGGAUCCUUUGUCUGGGAAGACUGUUGAAAGGUCAUAUAGGCUCUUGAAUAUCCUAGAGUUCAACAGUACUCGAAAGCGUAUGUCUGUGAUAGUUAGGGACGAAGAAGGGAAAUUGCUACUUCUCAGCAAAGGUGCUGACAAUGUCAUGUUCGAGAGGCUUGCUAAAGAUGGAAGGAAAUUUGAGGACAAAACCAAGGAGCACAUGCACAACUAUGCUGACGCAGGUUUGAGAACCUUGGUUCUUGCAUAUCGUGAGCUUGAUGAAGAUGAAUAUGCAGUUUUCAAUGAGAAAUUCACAGAGGCCAAGAACUCUGUUAGUGCUGAUAGAGAUGAGAAAGUUGAGGAAGCUGCUGAUUCGAUAGAAAGGGAUUUGAUUCUUCUUGGUGCAACCGCUGUGGAAGACAAGCUGCAGAAUGGGGUCCCUGAAUGCAUCGAUAAAUUAGCACAAGCGGGGAUUAAGAUAUGGGUGUUGACCGGUGAUAAGAUGGAGACUGCUAUCAAUAUUGGUUUUGCCUGUAGUCUACUUAGACAAGGAAUGAAGCAAAUAAUUAUCACAUUGGAAUCACCAGAAAUUAAAUUAUUGGAAAAGGAUGGCAACAAAGAUGCUAUUUUCAAGGCAUCGAAAGAAAGUGUUAUUCAUCAGAUCACUGAGGGAAGGAAGAUGACGAGUUCAUCUGACACGCAGUCUUUUGCUCUCAUUAUUGAUGGAAAGUCACUUGCCUAUGCAUUGGAGGAUAAUGUCAAGAACUUGUUUCUACAGCUUGCAGUUACCUGUGCAUCAGUCAUAUGUUGCAGAUCUUCACCAAAACAAAAGGCCCUUGUAACGAGAUUGGUGAAGGAGGGCACCGGCAAAGUGACUUUGGGAAUUGGUGAUGGAGCCAAUGAUGUCGGCAUGCUUCAAGAAGCUGAUAUAGGGAUUGGAAUUAGUGGUGUUGAAGGCAUGCAGGCCGUCAUGUCUAGUGAUGUUGCCAUUGCACAAUUCCGGUUUUUGGAGCGCUUGCUACUUGUGCAUGGACAUUGGUGUUACAGAAGGAUUGCCUCGAUGAUAUGCUAUUUCUUCUACAAAAAUAUCGUGUUUGGAGUGACCCUCUUCAUUUAUGAGGCCUAUACAUCAUUCUCCGGGACACCUUUAUAUAAUGACUGGUUCUUGUCUGUGUACAAUGUAUUCUUCACAUCACUCCCCGCAAUCGCUUUGGGAGUAUUCGAUCAAGAUGUUUCUGCCAGACUUUGUCGCAAGUUUCCUCUUCUCUACCAAGAAGGUGUGCAAAAUAUGCUCUUCAGCUGGACCCGGAUCAUUGGUUGGAUGUUCAACGGCGUCUGCAAUGCAGUCACCAUCUUCUUCUUCUGCGCAGCUGCAUUACAGCACCAGGCCUUCCGCAAGGGAGGUGAGGUGGUUAGCCGUGAUAUCCUGGCCGGCACAGUAUACACCUGUGUUGUCUGGGUUGUCAACUGUCAAAUGGCGCUCUCCGUCAGUUACUUCACCCUCAUUCAGCACAUCUUCAUCUGGGGCAGCAUCGCGCUCUGGUAUCUCUUCCUCGUAAUAUACGGUGCAAUCACGCCAAGUUUUUCAACAGAUGCCUACAUGCUCUUCGUUGAAGCACUUGCGCCAGCAGCGUCUUACUGGAUUGUCACACUCUUCGUUGUGCUUGCUACUCUCAUUCCCUACUUUUCUUAUGCUGCGAUACAGAUGCGGUUCUUCCCCAUGUACCAUAACAUGAUACAAUGGAUUCGGUUCGAGGGUAAAGCUGAUGACCCCGAAUACUGCCAGGUGGUGAGGCAGCGGUCAGUGAGGCCGACGACGGUGGGUGUGUCUGCUCGAAUUGAUGCUAGAGUUAGUCAGAUAAACAGCAGAGUCCACCAUGCUGUUCAAACAUAGCAGCAGCAGCAGCAGCAGCAGCAGCAGCAGCAGCAGCAGCUUUGUUGUUGUACAGUUUGCUUACCUCCCAUCAACUGCUUCAAUGGAUCUUUCAGAAGUGGUUGAUGUGUGUACAAUUUGUUGAUUAGGGAAUGAGAGGAGGAAGUAGGUACAUAUAGAAGAGAUGUAAAUUUUGUUUUUUUUUUUUUAUCAUCAUUUUGCCCAAUUUAUUCCUUCUUUCUUUGUUUUACAACACCUCAGCAGACAGUACAGAGAAUAAGCUGAGUAUAUUGUGACUUUACUAGUCACUUUUCAUUUAUGGAAAUUAUUUAU